AUGUCAGGGCGGGUGAAUAAAGCAUUACGAUUUGAGGACAAAGUUGCCAUAGUUACCGGAGGAUGCCAGGGCAUUGGUAAAGGUUGCGUGGACGUGUUAGUUGAAGAAGGAGGCAAGGUUGCUGUUUUUGAUAUAAAAGACUCAUUUGGAGAAGACCUGGCAUCGAAAUGUGACAGCAUCAUGUACAUCCACUGUGACGUCAGGAAUGACGAUGAGAUUAAGAAAGCGAUAGACAGAGUUGUUCAGACUUUUGGAAAACUGGACUUGCUUGUCAACAAUGCUGCAGUUGCUCCACACGCUCACGCGAUUGAUGACGUCACUCCGCAAGACUUCCGGGACCUUCUCAAUCUCAAUCUCGUAUCGUAUUACACAAUGUGCAAGUACAGUCUUCCUUACCUCCGUAAGAGAAAGGGGAGCAUUGUGAACAUCUCCAGUGUGUGCUCCUCUGCAGCUGCCCGCAACAUGAGCAUGUACUGUGCAACAAAGGGCGGAGUCACAUCGCUCACAAAAGCACUAGCUAUAGACGAAGCGAAACGUGGAGUUCGGAUGGUGGAAGAUUUUGUGGCUUCCCAUUCAAACCCCGAAGAAGUCAUGCAGAAGUUGACAAGCAGCUUGCAUUCAGACCGUCUAGGCGAGCCACGAGAGAUCGGAUUGGCUUGUCUUUAUCUCGCUGUAGACGCUACGUUCACCACCGGCUUUGAGCUCAACUGCACCGCGGGGUCAGAGAUCGGCUACGGUGUUAAAAUGUGA